AUGGCUCCUUCAGCCAAGUACGGGCCGGAAGUCCAGCGUGUAUCUGCUGAGACACCCGUGGAAGAUAUCAUCUAUCUUCUUAAGAGGGACGGUGGUGUCUUCAUACGAGGUUUGAUCAGCGUUGAAGAUGUGGAUAAGGCUUACGAUGAGUGCCGCCAUCGUCUAGAAAAUGAUGUGGAAUGGAACGGAUCUUUCUUUCCAACCCUGGAAGAGGAAACGCAACGUGCUCCUGGCCUUAUCGGCCUUAGUCCGACCUAUACCAAAACGCAAAUGAUGAAUUCAAUAUUCCAGGAAGUGUGCGAUCACUUCCUUACAACUCGAAGUUGGUACUGGUGGGGUACGGAGAAGAAAGAAUCUGUUUCAAAGCCCUAUGUGCACUCCUGCACAGCAAUGCGAAUCGGCCCCGGGGGCAAAGCGCAACCAUUGCAUCGAGACGACUAUAUUAGCCACAACUAUCAUCACGAGAUCGACUCCUGGGACGAUGAGCGCGAUAAAAACCGGGAGACGGCGUUGGGUUUGUUCGUUGCUGGAAGUAAGAUAACGAAGGAAAAUGGAGGAACCCAGUUCAUCCCACGUAGCCAUCUAUGGGGAACCGAUCGAACCAACCCCCCGGAUGUCAAUGACUGCAUCUUCGCGGAAAUGGAGAAAGGCGAUGGCUUUCUCAUGCUUGCCUCGGCCUAUCACGGUGGCGGCAAUAAUGUGACAGCAAAUGAUCAGCGUUUGCUUUUCGCCACAUUCGCGGUUCGGGGCUACCUUCGCCAAGAGGAAAACCAAUUUCUCGCGGUAUCGCAGGACAGUGCAAAGCAAUAUGAUCGCCCUAUUCAGGCGUUUAUGGGAUAUUCGAUGAGCGACCCAGCCUGCGGCUACGUGGAACAAAUGGAUCCUAUUUUUGUUUUGCAUCCAGAACUUGGUCGCGAAGCUGGCCCUAAAGAUUUCUAA